AUGGGUGCUGUUCUAGGUCUUUGCUCCGCAGCUCAGCUGGCUUGUUGCUGUGGUAGUGCGGCCUGUUCCUUAUGCUGUUCUGCGUGCCCAUCAUGUGCCAAUUCCACUUCAACCCGCCUUAUGUACACUGUCAUGUUACUCAUAGUGAUGAUUGCCGCUUGCAUCACUUUAGCACCUGGAUUACAUGAUCAGUUAAAAAAGGUGCCAUUCUGUGAGAACUCUACUGGGCUAGUACCAGACAAAUUUAAAAUAGAUUGUGAUCAAGCUGUAGGUUAUUUAGCAGUUUACAGAAUAUGCUUUGCAACUUGCCUCUUCUUUUUGCUUAUGGCACUUAUUACACUUGGUGUGAAAUCCUCAAAGGAUCCUAGAGCUGGUAUACAAAAUGGAUUUUGGGGCAUUAAAUAUCUUGUUGUAAUUGGUGGCAUUAUAGGCGCUUUCUUUAUUCCCGAGGGCCAGUUUGCUGCAACAUGGAUGGUAUUUGGCAUGAUUGGAGGCUUCUGUUUCAUAAUUAUUCAGCUUAUUUUGAUCAUUGACUUUGCACACACUUGGGCAGAAAAUUGGGUUUCAAAAUAUGAAGAGUCAGAGUCACGUAGCUGGUAUGCUGCUCUUCUUAUCUCUAUGCUGACAUGUUUCGCGCUGACGCUGACCGGUAUUGUUUUGCUGUAUGUGUAUUAUACCAAGCCCAGUGGUUGUGACCUCUCAAAGUUUUUCAUUUCAUUCAACUUGAUACUUGUGGUGAUGGCAAGUGCCAUUUCCAUACUGCCGUCAGUCCAAGAACAUCAGCCUCGUUCUGGCCUACUACAGUCCUCUGUAGUCUCUCUCUAUGUGAUGUACCUCACUUGGUCAGCACUCUCCAACUCUUCGAGUGAAUGCAACGCUAGUAUUUCUGGAGAUGAAAAGACCUCGUUUGACAAGCAAUCGAUCAUUGGCCUUAUCAUUUGGACAUGCAGCGUUUUGUAUUCGUCUAUCCGCACCGCCUCUUCCUCUUCAAAGAUCACAAUGACUGAACAUAUACUUGCUAAGGACGGUAAUGCAGGUUAUGAUUCUAUAGAGGGCGAUGGCGGUGAAGCGGGUCGCGGCGAGGAAACCAAGGUGUUCGACAACGAGGGCGACGGCGUGGCUUACUCGUGGACGUUCUUCCACAUUGUGUUCGCUUUGGCUACCCUCUAUGUCAUGAUGACGCUUACCAAUUGGUACAAUCCAAGCUCUCAACUGUCGAAAGAAAAUGUAGCUUCAAUGUGGAUCAAAAUUACAUCAUCUUGGCUAUGCAUAGGGCUUUACGUAUGGACCCUAGUAGCACCCGCCAUGUUCCCCGACAGGGACUUCAGUUAA